AUGUAUGUGAGUUACCUUUUGGAUAAAGAGACCAGCAUGUAUCCAGGAUCUGCAAGGUGCAGCAGUAACAACCUGCCAGUGCAAAACUUUGUGUCUACUCCAUCUUAUUCUGACUACAUGGGAUAUCAUCAUGUGCCAACUCUGGACAGCCACAGCCAGCCUGCUGGAACCUGGGGAUCUCACUACGGCCCACAGAGGGAGGACUGGAACGCUUACGGCCCAGGACCUUCCAGCACAGUUGCUGCUGCACAAAUCAACGGCUCGUCCCCGGGACAGGUCUCCUACAGUUCUGCUGAUUACAGCUCCCUCCAUCCCACUGCAUCUGGGGGGUUACCUCCUGUAGAUACAAUUAAUGCACAGCAAAUCUCUCCCAACAGCCAAAGGCACAGCUCUUACGAAUGGAUGAGGAAAACGGUGCAAUCCACUUCCACAGGUAAAACAAGAACAAGAGAGAAGUACCGAGUGGUUUACACAGAUCAUCAGAGAUUAGAAUUAGAGAAGGAAUUUCAUUACAACAGAUACAUUACAAUCAGGAGGAAGUCUGAACUUGCUGCAAACCUAAGACUUUCCGAGAGACAGGUGAAGAUCUGGUUCCAGAAUCGCAGAGCCAAAGAAAGAAAACUAAUGAAGAAGAAAAUGACUCAUUUUGAUGGCAGCAAUCUUGGCUCUCUGCAGAGUGACUCUGGCUCUGUGAGCCCAAUGCCAGUUCCUGACCCACAGACUCAUUCAGAAAUGCCUAAUUCUUUAUUCUCUCCUCCUCCUCCACCACCACUCCCCAUGAACAGUUUGCAGCACAACGGGAACCUGCAGCAGGUAGUGGCCUCUCAGUAA